AUGGCAUACACCUACCCACAUGCCGGUGCCCCUCCCACCUGGGGUGCAAACACGCAGAUCCCACCCACCCCACCAUUCUCUCCGCCCAUCGCUCAUCCGACGCCGGCCGUCGACGCAGCGGCCCUAACCGCCCAGAACCAGCCCGCAUACCAGGCACCACAGUUUGCGCCGCCUCCACCCCCGCCGCCGAAGCAGAGCGGAGGGGUCUUAAAGACGUUGAACUUCUUUAGCAGCAAGCCGAGCUAUCAGCAGUCCAUUAAUACAGGCGAGGGAUGUCUGUCGAAUCCAACCAGCCCCACGUUUUAUCCGCCUGUGCAGGGACAGACUACAGGGACAACUUAUGGUGUUACUGGGGGGCAGAACUAUGCGGGUGGUGCAACGGUGGUACCACAGCAACAGGUUUAUAAUCCACCGCAACCGCAACCGCAACCGCAAACUAAACCUCAACCACAGCCGCAGCCGCAGCCGCAGCCGCAGAUAGUCGGGACCUAUCAUAGCGGACAAGGAACAGUGCCUGUGUCGCCGGUAUAUAGUCAGCCUGCAACGUCGUUCCCGCAGCAGCAGCAAAACCAAGUGCCCCUGUAUCAACCCCAAUCUCAGCAACAGCAGCCUCAGCAGCAAUACCAUGAUCAACAAAGUAACAACAAUGGGGUGAUGUCCCCGCCGGCCUAUUCACCCGCCUGGGCUGAGAAACCGCAGCAACCGCAGCAACCGCAGCAACCGCAUAUGGUUGGAGGAAAGAUCUACAACCCGGGAGCCAGUAGUGGGACGGGCCCUGAAAAAGUACUAUUGCAACAUCCGCAGACAUGGCCAUCGGAGAAGCCACAAAGUCAGGGGAAUAACUAUAAUCAGGUCAAUAAUAAUAAUAAUAAUAAUCCGAAUCUGGGGCAGACUCAGAGUCCCCAUAAUCAGAAUCCAAGCAAUCCGGGUCAGCAUCCCGCAUAUGCAAACGCAGCUUCGCCCUCAAAUCAGCAAACCAACAAAGAAUGCAGUAUAGACUCCACACCCACAUGCGUCCUCUCCCCCGCAAAGAUGAGCAUGUACUACGGCCUCAGCCCCUCUUACAGCUCCCGCGAGUCCCAGUUCUUUGCCCGCUCCCAACGCGCCCCCAAGGCACUCGUAGCUCUUUAUAACGCCCUCUCAACAGAGCACCUCCUUAUCCCUGCGCCGCCUGGCGACGGGCGCCUGAAACCCCACACGCCCGCACUGACCAUUGCCGGCUUCGAGCAUUGGCUGCUCCUUAAUGCGCUGAUUAACCCGGAUGCGGAGCACGCGCGCAUUUCUACCUUUCUUUCAAAGCCUGGUAGGGUCGUCGUUGAUGAUGAAGGAAGGAACAUACCUGCGAGUGGGUUUCCGCGGCAGGCACUGCCGGGGGGCCCCGAUGCGUGGGUUGUAGGAAGGUACAGAGGUCCUUUGGAGACGGCGCUUGGCAGCAGUAGCGCCGGGGAUGAAGUAUCAGAGGAGGAAGGAUGGAAGUCUGAGGUGGAGGCAUGGAAGAAGAAGGUGUGGGAGGGUAAAGGGGAAUUAGAAGAAAACCAGAAGGAGCUCGAGGAGAAGGAUGAGGAGUUAGAGGAGUGUAAAGAGGAGUUGGAAGGCGCCCAGGAGGAAUUGAGGGGAUGUCGUAGCGAGCUGGAGAAGAACCAGGAGGAGCUGAGAAAACGUAGUGCAGAGCUAGAAAGCAUGAAGACAGCGCUAGCAGAGAGCAUAAAGAGGGCCGAUGAUGCAGUGUCCAAGCUGGCGGACUUUAUGAGCGCACAACAACUGCAGCAGCAGCACCAGCAGCACCAGCAACAACUGCAGCAGCAGCAACAACAGCAGCAACAGCGGCAGCAGCAGCAACAGCAGCGAUCACACCCAGGUAUGCCACCAUACGCACCAUACCAGGGACCUCCGUCCCAAGCGCCCCAACACCCCCAAAACCCACAGAACCCUCCAUACCCGCCAAACACCCAAGCGCCCCAGUUCUCUCAUAACCCUCUAGCUCAACAGCCACCACGCUCCACACCGACCCCGCAAAGUCCACAGAACCCCCAGCAACAGCACUACCCACAGCCCGGAUACCCGAGACACAGCAAUACUUGGUCGACACAAUCCUCGGGUACUACAUCGCCCCAAGAAGACCCGGCGCGGAGGAUGUCCGCAUCAUCGUCGUGGGGGCAGCAGGGGGGCCCGCCUCCUCAAGGCCAGAACCAAGCUCAGGGACAGGGACAGGGCCAGGGACAGGGCCAGGGACAGGGCCAAAAUCGGAGAAUUUCGCAGACAUACGUCAAGGCGCAGUACCAGCCUGUGAGAAAGUGA